AUGGAAAAGUGUGAAAGUGUAGUUGUAGUUUCAGCAAUUUUCAAUGACCACGACAAGAUCCGGCAACCUAGGGGUCUUGGGUCCCAAACACUAGAAAAUAAUGCAGACAUGGCUAUAUCAAAACACCCAUAUUUUGUUCAUACCAUCGAAGAAGCAAUGGCCACUGCAAGAUGGAAGAAAUGGUGGGAUGUCAAUGCCUUGAAGAUGCAGAUGGAGACCUACUAUGUGCCAGACAGUGCACUGAUACUGACGAAACAUGGACUAAGCAGUAACCUAUUCUCAUGUCUUGUAUUCAAUGAGUUGGAGGCUUUUAACCCAAGAGACCAAUUAGCUUUUGCAUUUGUGAGAGACCACAUGAACCCCAAGCUGAAGCUGAACAUGUUUCAGGUUGAAUUUUUUGAACAAGCGACAGUGGAGUACAGGCACAAUCGCAAGCCAACUGAUGUGUCCAUUGCCAAGAAAUUAUCUAUGACAAGAAAAACCAGAAGGGCAGAACCAGAUUUGUUGCAUGAAAAUGGAAGCUGUUGCAGCAAGUGCCAGCAGUAUGUUGCCACCAUGUGGGGUGCUUCUCAUCAAUAA